AUGCUCGAAAGCAAGGAUAUCGCGGUGCAGACUUGCAUCAGGCAGGUUCCAGUGACAUACGAAAGGCUUCCCUACGACCCUUCCUCAGAGGAGAAUGCGAUCCUGAAGAAUCCCGGCACCGCACGCGCAAAUCUCGCGCCUUCUCUCGAGUGCCCCCACGGUACCCAGAGCAGCGGCUGGGCGGACAAACACAGCGGGCACACCGUACUGCAGCAGCACUGCGCCUACUUCGACCCUGACGGAGAUAACAUCGUCUGGCCGCACGACACGUACCACGGGUUCGAGGACAUGUUCGCAAAGUACGGCGACAAGGACGGGCUGGGGAAAUGGGAUAUACUUGAGCUGAUGAGCGGUCAGCGCGUCUUGUUCGACCUUUUCGGUACAUGCGGUGCCCUUUCGAGGCUGUCGCUGUACCUGCUCCUGUGGCCGGCCGACGGAAUCGUGAGGAAGGAGGACUUGAGGCGUGUCUACGACGGAAGCAUCUUCUCCGAGUUGUCUCUGCGGCGCUCUGGCAAGGCGAAAGCCGUCUGA